AUGGCGAAGAAGAAAGAUGAAGAAGAAGAAUUACGAGAAGAAGCGCUAGCAGAGUGGGUCUCUCGAGGUCGAGCCGCGCAGGACUUCACUAUGGAGAAAAUGAUCAAGCUCUGGGAUGAAGAAGACGACGGAGAAGAUGGCGACGACUUGGAGGAUAAACAAGAACUCAUGAAAGGCUACCAGAUGCUCGGGCCACUAGUAGAUCAAGCCAAAGAUACAGCUAGACAGUUCAAGAACACAGCGAUAGUAGAGGGCAAGAAGGCGCUGGAAAUAGCCAAGAAAUACGCAGAGCUUCCUCCUUUAAGAGAUCGUCGACUACUGCGUCAACAUGUUGUUCAUGUGCUCGACAUGGAUACAGAAACACACAAAUAUUCAUUAAUUCGCCAGCGUGUAGUGAAGCAGUUUAACGAUACCAAACAGACGGAAGAAGAGCUGCAUUUUGGUCUCAAGAAGCGGAAUAAACGUCAAGCUCCUCUUCUAAAUCGCUUCCAGGAGUUAAAAGCCGAAGCCGAUAGAGUGCAGCAAGCGCAGCGUAUGGAGGAGAUCGAGCAAAGCCGACGAGAACGGAUUGAUAAGAUCAUGCAGGAAAAACAACGACAACUCGAAGAAAAAGAAGAAAAAGCCGAAAAAUUAUUGGUACAGAAGCGACAACGGAAUCUAAAAUUCUGGCAGAAACAGCUCGAAGAAGCGCGCGAAUAUGCUGAAAAACAGACGUACGAACGAGAAAGGAACGAGGAAAUUGAGAGAAAAGGGGAGCAGAUGAAGGAAGAAAUGCGUAUGGUCGAAGAAGAAGAAAGCAUCGAUGCUAUGCGAGCCUUUGAGCGACUACAGACGACGUCGUCUAUUGGAAUCUUUGAUACAGCGUUAGAACCGGGAGAAUGGAACCCUGCGUCAAAUGGAGGACAUCGAACAGGACUCGAUGAACAUACUGUUGGAAUAUCGACUACACGGGGUUUUAGUAUCGAGAAUGGACAGAGACGAGUCGAACUCAUGGAAAUUCAGUCGAAAGUGACGAUGUUACGUGAAAAAUUGGAGCAAGUGGAGCAAGCGAAGACGAAUCUCGGUCUAGAUAUGAGGACGAUUCUGGAGAGAAAAGACCGUAUUUUACAGGAGAUUAAACAAGUAAGAGCAGAGCAGGAUGAUCUGAAUGAAGAACUGGCAGGCCCACCACGACGAGAUCCUUCCGAGCACGAGAAGCAGCACUUCCACACUCUAGUGACACGUAGAGCUGUCUACAUGAAACAGCUUGGGGAUUUAGAUUCGCGUAUCGUGCAUAUCCAAAAGCGAACGGAAAUUGUUCAUCGCUCAGAGGCGUCAUUUAUUCCAAUGUUACGAGACGCAGAGGAAGAAGUGGCAACUAUCCAAUCUCAAGUCGAUAGUACUGAGAACGAAAGACACGAUCUUCCAGUGGUGAUUGGUAAAGCGAUUUUCCAGUCUGAAAUCGUUCAGAAUCGUCUUGAAAAUGAUGUCGAAGGCACUGUAUUUAAGCCUGUUGUGAACCCAACAAAAUUGUUGAAUCAAGUCACGAUGGAGAGCAAGUUUGAGAUCUUAAAGAGCGCGGUUGAGCCUGUUAACGAUCACUACAAAAAGGCAAAGACUCAAGCUGUUGAAGCCUGGAAAGCGAACGAGUAUCGAGCCUUGGCGGAACAAGAUCUAGACAGUGCGAAAGCUCGACUCGUCAAGAUAAGAGACCGCUUUGUGGACCUCCAAAACUCGGCACUUCGCAGCGAUAUCGUUCAUGCAAUCCAGAAGUUUCAUCAACAUGGCAAUAAAUUACGGCAGUGUAUAUUCCCGUUAAAAGGUUCAAUCGAGUGGUGGAGUCAUCAUAUACCGAAGAAGUCGAUGGGAUUAACGUACUCCGUCGAGCAGAACACCAUAACUUUAGCUGAAGGAGAGAUAACAGGCAAGAUCACUGGAUGCGUGCAUCUUCCGAAGCGCUGCUUCUACAGAAUCCAAAUGAGCGUCGGUAUUCAGAGAAUACAUGGAGAACUUGGAGAUUCUCAAGAAGGUUUAAAGGAUUCAGGCAAGCUGACCGAGGACUGGAAAUUGUAUAUUGGUCCUGAAAUGGAUUCCUUACAGCAUCACACUUUUCGAGACCUCGGCGGCAAAAUUUUACGUACAGGAGACCUUACAUUCGACUUUUCAGGGAUUCGUCUUUGCUUCAGCUUGGAGAUCACCCAUAAGAAUAUAACGGACUCGAAGCGUAAAACACUUCGCUAUGUCAUAAGCAACGCAGCACGAUAUGAAGAACGAUUAGAGGAUUUUCGAGACGAAGAGAACCGUAUUCGUCUUCACCAGAAAGAAAAACAUUUUGUGUCGGAAUUAGUCAAGACGAUGCGUAUGCAAUCCAAGAAAACCAGCCGUCAACGAACAACUGAACUACUGGAAGAAUUAAUUCGAGUGGAGAAAAGUAAAGGUAAAAUGUGGGACUCCACUUUGUUUCACGGCCAUUCCCAGCGGUUCAAGCGUGCCGAGUACGUGAACAUGUUGCGAAAUGAGAUCAAGAAAGAGCAGUUCAAAUCGACUACAGCAUAG